CGCGCGCGAGCAGCGAUGGAAAGAAAGAGUUCUGCAAAACCCGGAUCGACUUGGCUGUUCUGAAUCCCAUCGGAUCGAUCGCUAUGAAGAGCUGAAUGUGACCGAUCCUUAACGACAGCGACAAUUUGAAGGUCGGUGCUGGUGUAACGUCGUUGAUUGACCUCGUGGAUGCGGUGCCUGUGACAUCCCCAGACUUCAUCUCGAGCCGUGGAUCUGCUGCUAGUCCUCUAAUUAAAACCACCCACCCCUGCAGAGUCCGGGGGUGAUGCUGUCCGUUCUUUCGUACGGUAGACUGGUGGCCCGAGCGGUCAUCGGCGGACUCUCUCAAACCGACAGCCGCGAUUACAGCCUGGUGUCCGCCAGCUUCGGCUUCGGGAAGGAUUUUCGAAAGGGGAUCUUGAAGAAAGGGAUGUGUUAUGGAGACGACGCGUGCUUUAUAGCCCGACACAGGUCUGCUGAUGUGUUAGGUGUGGCUGAUGGUGUAGGUGGCUGGCGUGACUACGGGGUCGACCCCUCGCAGUUCUCUGGGACACUCAUGAGGAUGUGUGAGCGGCUGGUUAAAGAAGGACGAUUUGUGCCAAACACCCCCGUGGGAAUCCUCACCACCAGCUAUUAUGAGCUACUUCAGAACAAAAUACCACUAUUAGGAAGCAGCACAGCGUGUAUCGUGGUAUUAGACCGGCAGAGUCACCAGCUCCACACGGCAAACCUGGGCGACUCUGGCUUUCUGGUGGUUCGAGGAGGAGAGGUGGUCCACAGGUCUGAUGAACAGCAGCACUACUUCAACACCCCUUUCCAGCUCUCUAUCGCCCCUCCUGAGGCAGAGGGCUCCGUCCUCAGUGACAGCCCUGAGGCCGCCGAUAGCGCUUCCUUCGAUGUCCAGUUGGGUGACAUCAUACUCACAGCUACAGACGGUCUCUUUGACAACAUGCCGGACUACAUGAUUUUACAAGAACUCAAAAAGCUCAAGAAUACCAACUAUGAAAGCAUCCAGCAAACAGCCAAGAGUAUUGCAGAACAGGCCCAUGUUCUAGCAUACGACCCCAAUUACAUGUCUCCAUUUGCACAGUUUGCCUGCGAUAAUGGCUUGAAUGUCAGAGGAGGAAAACCAGAUGACAUCACCGUUCUGCUGUCAAUUGUAGCUGAGUACACAGACUAACGCUCGCAAGGGCAGCAAAAUGCUUCUCUUGUUGUCUUCCUCUCUGCCACUGGACUGGCGGCUGUUUCCUGCUGGCAGGAUUGAGGGCUGUUUCAGCUUUCUGUUUCUGGCAGGGACAUCUGUUCCUUGGGUUCUUCGGCCUUACUACUCCGUACUUCAUAUGAUGUCAUCUGCAGGCUCAAGACAAAGAUCACCUUGAAACGGACUGCUAAUGUCGAGUUGUGUUUGACAAGGGCUACAACAGGUGUUGAACACUUCUCCAGUACGUCUGUAAGAAUCGCCAGUGUUCCUGUCGUCCAGUGAUGAAUGAGUAGUUAGUAAUGAUGUGGCUUUAAGGCCAAAAAUGGAGAAAGAAUGAGAGAGAAAGGAAAAACAAUCUGAAUUGGUCCCAAAAAAGAAAGUUUCCAUAUCAAGAAAAACACUGAGAUGGAAGCGUCAUCCAGUGGGAAUGCCAGCUGAGAUGAGAUGUGAUCAGGCACGGGUGACUACAACAGACUCUUUGCUAGCUGAUGAAGAGUUUGUAUUCUGGGAAGUAAGCUGAGGUGUAACUUUACAGUACUAGACUGAAAUCGAAAAACUGUCAAAGUUAAUGAUCAACCAUAGAAAUGCCUUUCCUUUGAGAUAUUAAUUAAUGAAGACGCUUUUGCAGAAC